CCCAUUUCUCUAUACAACUGGACGAGUCAACUUUACCUGAUAAUGCAGCAUUAUUAUUGGCAUAUGUUCGUUUUAUUAUGAAUCAAGAAAUCUACGAAGAACUGCUCUUCGCAAGAACUUAUAUAACCGACACUAAAGGUGAAUCAAUAUUUCAUGUUUUGAAGGAUUACUUCAUUGAAAAAGCAAUUCCUUUAUCAAAUAUAAUAUCAGUAGCUACAGAUGGAGCACCUGCCAUGGUUGGACGUUAUCGUGGAUUUAUAAGCUAUUUAAAACAAAAUGUAUCAGGGGUGUUAGCAAUACAUUGCGUCAGCCAUCGACAACAUUUAGUUGCUAAGAAUUUGAGUGUUAAAUUGCAUGAAUCACUUCAUUUAGUCAUUGAUGCAGUAAACCGAAUCCGAAGCAACGCGUUGAAUACGCGGUUAUUUGCGCAGUUAUGUGAAGAAAAUGACGUACACUUUCAUCAAUUACUCCUUCACACUGAAACACGCCGGCUGUCGAAAGGCUUAUGUUUGACAAGAUUUUUUGCACUUUUGCAAUUACAAGGCGACAGUUUAAAUUUGAUUAAAAAAAAUUGAACUAAUGAAGCAAAAUAUUGGACGCGGCGAAUUUUCUCAGUUCCCCAAUUUGUCACAGACAAGCUGUCAGGAAGACGACGUUUCAACUUACGUUCAACAUUUAAAUGCUCUCUAUUCAGAUUUUGAAUCUAGGUUUGAGAAUAUU